UUAUUUGUCUGCAAAAUUAGUUUGUUUAUAAGAUAUCAAAAUUCAAAUAAAGCUGAAAUUAUCUUUAAAAUUAUGAGUUAUACCAUGAAUAUGCGUUCUAAAUUUGUAAAUUCCUCACUUUACACACAUUUCAAAUCGUAUUAUAAUUCCCCAGUAAAUAAUGAAUCUUUCAUGAAUGCAACGUCAGCUACAUACUUGGAAGAUAUGCACCGUCUUUGGAAGGAUGAUCCGAAAAAUGUCCAUGCUUCAUGGGAUAUCUACUUCAGAGGAGUGGAGUCCGGUCGUCCAGUGGGCAGUGCGUAUGUCUCUCCUCCGUCCAUGAGUGUCCCAGUCGCUGGUGGAAAACAGCGUGUUACAGCCACCAGUCCUGCUCCCUUAACAAGUGUUGGUGAAUCGCUUAAUGAAAGCACAGUACGAGAAUACUUGGAGUUACAGUCAAUAAUACAAUCUUUCCGCAUAAGAGGUCAUCUUGCUGCAACUCUUGACCCUCUCAACAUUGUGCGUGGAGAGCACAUCAAGUCCACUCGUAUGCAGAAACUUGUUCUCAGGCAUUAUAAACUUCCGAAGGACUUGAACAAGAAAUAUAUAUUACACAACACAGACUACAUAAGUGGCGGGGAGAAAUCUCUCUCUGUAUCAGAAAUACUAAAACGCCUAGAGACGGCAUACUGUGGGAGUGUAGGCGUGGAAUAUAUGCAUAUAGGAAACCAAGACAAAUAUGAAUUUAUACGUUACAAGUUUGAAUCUCCUGGAGCGGUUAGGUCAAUGUCCCCACACGAGAAGAAAUUGAUAUUGAAGAGAUUAAUUAGGGCAUCCGGUUUUGAAGAUUAUCUAGCAAAAAAGUACCCUUCUGAGAAGAGGUUUGGUCUUGAAGGAGGAGAAGCUAUGAUUCCUGCAUUGAAAACUGCUAUUGAUACUGCCUCAGCGUUAGGAGUCGACAUAUUUAACAUAGGUAUUGCUCACAGAGGACGUUUGAAUGUCCUUGCAAAUGUUGUCCGCAAACCUCUUCAGGACAUAUUUGCCCAGUUCCUUCCUGUGAACAUAGAAGAACAACUGGGGUCAGGGGAUGUGAAGUACCACCUGGGAACUUACAUGGAGCGUGUUAACUCUGAGACUAAGCGACCUGUUGUUGUCAGUGUGAUAGCUAACCCCUCACAUCUUGAGUCCAUCAAUCCUGUUGUCAUUGGGAAGACUCACGCUGAGAGGGUGCUCAUCGGUGACACUGAAGGAAAUAAGGUUUGGUCUAUUCUAAUUCAUGGAGAUGCAGCAACCACGGGUCAAGGUGUAGUGUAUGAGACCUUCCAUCUGUCUGAGUUACCUUGUUAUACGAAUCAUGGCAGUAUUCACAUCAUCAUCAACAACCAGAUAGGGUUCACAACGGACCCGAGGGUGUCCCGCACGUCAGAGUAUUGCACGGAGGUGGCCAAAGUGUCAUCAGCUCCGAUAUUCCAUGUCAAUGGAGAUGAUCCAGAAGCCGUCUGCUAUGUCAUGAAAACUGCAACUGAGUUCAAACACGAAUUUAAAUCUGAUGUAGUGGUCGACAUUGUAUGUUACCGCAAGCAUGGACACAACGAGGCUGACCAACCCAUGUUCACGAAUCCUUUCAUGUACAAGAACAUUCAAAAACUUAAACCUGUUUAUGUUAAGUAUAAGGAGGAGCUUUUGAAACAUAGGGUAAUUGACGAAGAAGAUGUACAAAAAAUGGAGAAAUACACUUCCGAUUGGCUUCACGAUGGGUUUGAAAAAGCUAAGAGUGUAACUCUGGUGAAGGCCAGAGAUUGGCUUGAUUCACCAUGGAAGAAUUUCUUCACACCUGACAAAGAUCCUCUAGAUGUGCCUGUAACAGGAGCUAACCAAGAAGUCCUUUUGAAAAUCGGAGAAGCUGUGAGUACUCCUCCUCCUAACUUUGAAAUUCAUACCGGAUUGGUUAGAGUCCUCAGGGGCCGUAAAGAAAUGAUGUCUGCAAACAAAGUGGAUUGGUCAUUCGGCGAAUCUUUUGCCAUCGGAUCUCUUCUAGAGGAAGGCUACAACGUGAGGCUGACGGGCCAGGAUGUGGAGCGUGGAACAUUCAGUCAUAGACAUCAUGUGUACCAUCACCAAUCUCUCGACCACGUCACCUACACUCCUUUAAAAUCUCUCUUUCCAGGUGGUGGUACUUACGUGGUGUGCAACAGUUCCCUUUCAGAGUUUGGUGUGCUGGGGUUUGAGCUAGGAUACAGUAUGGUGAGUCCCUACAACCUGGUGAUGUGGGAGGCCCAGUUCGGAGACUUCGCUAACAGUGCGCAGAUUAUCUCUGACCAGUUUCUCUCAUCAGGAGAAUCCAAAUGGGCACGCCAGACCGGCUUGGUCGUUCUGCUUCCCCAUGGCAUGGAGGGUCAGGGUCCUGAGCACUCCAGUGGUCGUCCUGAACGAUUCCUACAGAUGAGUGCUGAGCCCGAGAAGCCCCUGGAGAACAUGCCAAAACAAAUGCACUUGGCCAACUGGUUUAUUGCGAACCCUACCACUCCAGCCAACCUGUUCCAUGUCCUCCGGCGUCAACUCAAACUUAACUACCGCAAACCUCUCAUCCUUUUCACACCCAAGAGCCUUCUCAGGCAUCCAGAAGCGAAGUCCUCACUGGAAGAGUUUACUGGGGAGACAAUGUUUAAACCUUAUAUUAAAGAUGAGACCAUAACCAGCCCAGGAAGUGUUGAAAAAGUGAUUCUUUGUUGUGGGAAAGUGUGUUAUGAUUUAAAAUAUGAAAGGGCAAAAAGAAAAUUGGAUACAAAAGUGGCAAUUUGUAGGAUAGAACAAGUGUUCCCAUUUCCGUACAGUGACCUUCGGAAGGACAUGAGCCAGUAUCCAAAAGCACAAGUACUUUGGGCUCAGGAGGAGCACAAAAAUCAGGGGUGGUGGGACUUUGUGAAGACACGGGUGGCCGCAGUGGUUGACCGCCCCGUGGAAUAUAGGGGACGUGCACCAUCACCAGCACCUAGCAGUGGAACCAAAGUGAUGCACGACAAGGAGCAGGUCACCUUCCUGGAGAAGUGUUUCUCUUGAUGAUCUAGCAACCACCUUCACCUAUCUGUCAUAUUAAUAUACUAAAAUAAAUUAUACCUCUAUUUAAAUUUUA